CGACGACUUGGCUCGGCUCGGCCCGGCCCGGCUCGGAGAACAGCAGACGAACAGACACACUCGUGGGGAGCAGCAGCGGUGGCAGUUGCAGUAGUAGUAGUACAGUCGGUCUGGUGCACAACGCGUAACGCAUCUCUCGGCAAUCCUUGCAGCUCUCCUUCGCCUCCCCAAGCAUUCCACACAGCUGAUCACCCCGCUGUCACCCAAGUCCAGUCGCGUUUGGAGUCUCCUUCGCCGGAGGGGUUGGCUGGACCGCCUGAGAGACUCGAGAGAAGUCCCAGCUUUAACCUAAGUCUUGUGUCGGCGCAGGAGCGGAGCAGGCAAAAAUGACCCGUGGAAAUCAACGUGAACUUGCCCGAGCAAAGAACCAAAAGAAGCAGCAGGAGCUUAUGAAAAAGAAGGGAGGAGCUGAUGGAGAAAUGACUUUAGAGCAAAGGAGACACAGGGACGCCGAACUCAUGCGAUUGAAACAGAAGAAAAAAGAGGAGGAAGCUGCAGCAAAGCAGGCGCAGGCUGCGAAGUAAUGACUGUCCAAGACUCGUUUCACUAUCACUACAAUCACUGAACAUCACUCAUCUGCCUUUGCUGAAAAACAUAACAUUUCCAUUUUGAUCAAUUUUUGAGGGUGUUGCGAUUUUUUAAUGUCAGCAGAAUUGCCUCAUAACUUUAAAUGUUACUUCUAAAUUAACUGUAUAAAACUCAUGUGAAACAAUGAGAUCUGCUUUAUUUUGUGCAAUAUUAAAAUAGUUCUCUUAAAUUUCAGAUUUGCUCAUUGAAACAAUUUCGAGGCUAUUAAUGAUAAGAUUAGUGAGCUAACAUUUCAGCUCAUAUUUUUAAUCUAUUGGGUUAGAAUGAAAUUGUGGCAAGUAUUUCUAUCAAUCUCAUUCUAUCGCGGUCACAACUGGCCAAUGUUGCCUAACACUUGUAAACUUCCAACAACAUUAAAAGUACAUCAACUUAAAUAGAUAACCGCCUACUAUUUUAGGUAUUUGGUAUAUCUGAUACAAAUUUGUAUGUGUGUGUAGCCAAUGAGAGCUGUACUUAACUGUUAAUACUGCUCAAACAUCUAAUUUUUCGACUAUUUUAUUGAGUAGUAUUUAAGAUAGUAUUUACUCGAGGUACAUUUCUAGUAAUGGGAUUCACACAUUUCAGAUCUAAAUCAACAGACAGUGAGAGUCUAUUCAGAACUUUGUAUGAUUUUUAUAUAGGUAGUACAUACAAGUAGUACAUCCAGAUGUAUUUUAUCUUGUAACUGAAAAAUUUAUGAAAAUAUCACUGCCCUGUUUUUAAACUUAGGAUGAAAACCACUUAAAUCACAGAUUGUUUGUCCUAGAAUGAAGAGGUGGUGAGUAUAGCAUACUAGAAGUACUCUGCAAUUUUAAGACCUUCGCUCUAUGCUAUAAAAUUCUCACCUGUCACCUUAUCAGACCUUAUCAGAAUUCCUUGACACAUGAUAUUGCUGCACACAAUGUAUGCAUUCUUUGAAGGCUAAGUCUUCAAUUUUAUACAUAUAGGUAGUUAUUUUGAUUCUCAAUUGUUGUGCAAAUUUCCUCCACACUUUCAAAAAUGUAGUUGUUACCUGGCUUAGUUUUCUGUAAAUUUUAAAAAUCUUCUAAAUGUCAAGCCUUUAGUGGGUUGUAGAGGAAUAUGGCACAUAUAUGUGAUAUAUUAAAAGAAAUUCUUUAGGACUGCUUAAAAGGGAUGUUUAUACCAUAAGCUUGGGUGCUGACGAGCUUUUGGCAUCCUGUCUCAGUUUAAAUUUAAUUUUUAAAAGCUCUUGAGCAAUUGAUUAGACAUGUAUUUAUUGUAAGUAAAUCCUACUGUCAUGAUUAUUAUGAUUAUAACAAUAAAGAAGUAAAAGGGAACAUGA